CAUCAACAAAUCAAAAUGAACGCGAUUUUGCAAAGCAGGAUUUUAAAGUGAGAAUAAUGUGAUACUCACACCCAAUUCCGAUGUGUGAGCUUUACUUUGGACAAAGAUAAGAGAAAAAAAAAUGUGGUGGUUGGGAAGAAAAGGGCCUUCUGGAUUCUCAGCUUCCUCUACUGCUGAGGAAGUUACUCAGGGAAUUGAUGGCUCUGACCUCACUGCCAUUGUUACAGGGGCAACAAGUGGUAUUGGUGUUGAAACUGCACGUGCACUUGCAUUGCGUGGUGUCCAUGUUGUCAUGGGGAUCAGAAAUAUGACAGCUGGUGGGGAGAUCAAGGAAACAAUAUUAAGAUAUAACCCGAUUGCAAAAAUUGACAUGAUGGAGCUGGACCUAAGUUCAAUGGAAUCAGUGAGGACAUUUGCAUCGCAAUUCAAUUCUCGCGGUCUUCCUCUGAAUAUACUUGUUAAUAAUGCAGGAAUCAUGGCAACACCAUUCAAGCUUUCAAAAGACAAAAUAGAAUUACAGUUUGCAACAAACCACAUAGGUCAUUUCCUUUUGACAAACUUAUUGCUUGAAACAAUGAAACGGACUGCUAUUGAACAGAGGAAGGAGGGAAGGGUUGUAAAUGUCUCAUCAAGACGUCAUAAAUUAUCAUAUCCUGAAGGGAUUAGAUUUGAUAAAAUCAAUGAUAAAUCAGGGUAUAACAGUUUGUCUGCAUAUGGGCAGUCAAAGCUUGCUAAUGUGUUGCAUACCAAUGAGCUCGCAAGACGGCUAAAGCAGGAGGAGGGCACAAACAUAACUGCAAACUCAGUUAGCCCGGGACCAAUUGCCACCAAUCUAUUUCGUUAUCACAGUUUAAUGGAGGUGUUUGUUGGUAUACUUGGUAAAUAUGCGAUGAAAAAUAUACAGCAGGGAGCAGCAACCACAUGUUAUGUUGCAUUGCAUCCACAAGUUAAAGGGUUGACUGGCUGCUACUUUGCGGAUAGUAACUUAGCUGAAGCAAGUUCACAAGCAUCCGAUCCAGAGGUGGCAAGGAAACUGUGGGAGUAUAGCUCUGAUUUGGUUAAAUUUUGAUAUUAUGUUACCUAAGGAGUAGGGACUAAUAUCUAGUGAAAGUUUUCAAACAUAUUAAUGAUCCAUUAAACAUUCACUUGACCUUUACCUUUUUCCCUUGUACAGAGGAAUAUAUGCUUAGUUUACAAUCACAAAUUUAGAGAUACUUGUAAUCUGAUUUUGUCUCUAAAUAAACUGCACUUCUAUUAGAUGACCUAAGAUAUAUAUUUGAUUGUGAUUUUUGUAACA